AUGCCGCCGCGUAUAAAUAUCCCCCCCGUCACCCGCGUGCUCCUCGUUAGCCUCAUUGCUCAGUCGGCCCUCGGCGCCGCAAUUCGCUACCGACAAUGGAGCGAGACGGCUAGCAUCGUCAUUCCCUAUCUGACGCUCAUCCCCCAGCUGUCGCUCGUCUACCCCUGGACCCUCGUCACCACCACCCUCGUUGAGAGCAACAUCUUUACCCUCGCCAUUGCCUGCUUUACCCUCUACCAGGGCGGCCGCUACCUCGAGCGCGCCUGGUCUUCGGCUGACCUUGCCAAGUUCAUCCUCGUCGUCUCCCUGGUCCCCAACAUCCUGACCUUCGGCACCAUGGUCUUUUUCUUUACGCUCACGCGCAACGAGCGCUGGACUCUCUGCACCAUUGCCGGCACCAUUCCGCUGCAAAUCUCAUUCCUCGUCGCCUUUAGCCAGCUCGUGCCCGCCCACACCGUUACCCUAUUCCGCGGCGUCGUCUCCCUGCGCGUUAUGCGCACCCCGAUCCUCUAUAUUGGUCUCGUCGCCGUCCUUGGCCUCACCCCGCUGCUCUCCCGCGCAGCCGUUUGGCAGGCAAUGUAUGGCUUCCUCGCCAGCUGGACCUACCUGCGCUUCUACAAGACCGUCUUCCCCGACCUCGACGCCUCCCAGCCUACCUCGCUCCGCGGCGACGCCUCCGAGACCUUUGCCUUUGCCGAGUUCUUUCCCGCUCCCGCCAAACCCGUCGUCUCCGCAGUCUCCAACCAAGUCUUUGACGUGCUCGUCGCCGUGCGUCUCUGCACGCCCUUUUCUGCGACCGAUGUGCUGCAACGCCGGGGUGGCGGCGGCGGCAGCGGCGGAGCCCCCGGUGGUGCGCGUGCUGAGGCCGAGCGACGCAGAGCCAUUGCCCUGCGCGCUCUGGAUCAGCGUUUGAAUGCGGCCAGCAAUGCUGCCGGCAAGCAGGCGCCGCAACCCGCUUCCCAGACGGCCGGCCCACCUGUCCAUACGCAGCCCCAGACGACACAGGCGGCCAUGACGACGGAGGGUCAGGUGCUCGGCGAGACCAAGUUUGAGCCCGAAAGCGACAGCAGCAAGAGCUAG